AUAGAAGGACAGAGUCUCUGGCGCACACGCCUCCUACCAAAAUCACAGCCCGGCGGAGCCGGGGCUCUCAUUCACAGCUUUCUAGAGAAAUCUAAGCCCGAACCUGCCAGAAUAGGGGAUCUCACCUACUCAGCACAGCAGCGAGGACACCUGCAGAAACACAUUCCCAAAGCAAGGCUGGGCGGCCGUGUGAAGUAGCAACAGCCUCGGUUUUGCUCCUUUUUUGGAUGGCUUCCACCACACCUGAAUGACCUACUGCUUUCCAGGAACAGAAAGAAGACCCUUGAUCUGUCUGUUUCAGUGGCAGCCUGGUAGUAAAACAACUGUUGAAUGGGCCACGGUUUCAGCAGACCAUCACGUGAAUGGGACCAGUCUCUCUCUUCUUCCCAAAGAUCAGAAAUUAAGCAUCUGGACAGAUUUGGCCAAGAUGACCCAUUUACAGGCUGGACUCAGUCCAGAGACUAUAGAGAAAGCACGCCUGGAACUGAAUGAAAACCCAGAUGUUUUACAUCAGGAUAUUCAGCAAGUCAGAGACAUGAUCAUCACCAGGCCUGACAUAGGGUUUUUACGUACAGAUGAUGCCUUCAUCCUGAGAUUCCUCCGAGCCAGGAAGUUUCACCAAGCAGAUGCCUUUAGACUCCUGGCCCAGUACUUCCAGUACCGCCAGCUAAACCUGGACAUGUUCAAAAACUUCAAGGCCGAUGAUCCCGGAAUUAAGAGGGCUCUCAUCGAUGGGUUCCCUGGAGUGCUGGAAAACCGCGACCACUACGGCAGGAAGAUCCUUCUGCUCUUUGCAGCCAAUUGGGACCAGAGUAGGAACUCCUUCACAGACAUCCUCCGUGCCAUCCUGCUGUCGUUGGAAGUCCUUAUUGAAGAUCCAGAGCUUCAGAUAAAUGGGUUCAUUUUAAUUAUAGACUGGAGUAAUUUUUCCUUCAAACAAGCCUCCAAACUGACACCUUCCAUCCUCAAACUGGCCAUUGAAGGGUUGCAGGACAGCUUUCCUGCCCGCUUCGGAGGAGUCCAUUUUGUCAACCAGCCCUGGUACAUUCACGCCCUGUACACGCUCAUCAAGCCAUUCCUUAAAGACAAGACCAGGAAGAGGAUCUUCCUGCAUGGAAACAAUUUAAACAGCCUUCAUCAGCUAAUACACCCUGAAUUUUUGCCCUCUGAGUUUGGAGGAACGCUUCCUCCUUACGACAUGGGAACUUGGGCCCGGACGUUACUCGGUCCUGACUACAGCGACGAAAAUGACUAUACUCACACUUCUUACAAUGCAAUGCACGUGAAACACACAUCGUCUAAUCUGGAGAGGGAAUGCUCGCCCAAGCCGAUGAAGAGAUCUCAGUCUGUGGUAGAAGCUGGGACCCUGAAGCAUGAGGAGAAGGGAGAGAAUGAAAACACUCAGCCACUCCUGGCUCUGGACUGAACCCGGAGUCAGCCCAUGCUCCCGCAUAGCGUCAGCCUUCAGUGGUACCAGCCACCCAGGAAGCACAUGAGAAACUGACCCACACAGAUGCGUGCAUUCGGCUUGACACGAGAUCCUCUACUCCUGCCACCCAGUAAUGACUGUCACGCGCCGCUGGCUGGAGCAACCACAGUUGAACAAAAACUUGAGAGACACUAUUUGUUUUUUUUUUUCAGUGAGGGGAUUGGAGGAUGAAGCAAGGCAGUUAUGUAUACAAGAUUCUCCCUCUCCCAUAUUUAUGGUAUUAAAUUAAUUGCAAAGAGGAAAACUAAAUUUGAUGCACACACUGCAUUAGGACAAAGAUUUUUCCUCUCCAGUUGCAAUUUAAGAGUAAGUGCUUUUCUAAGUAGAUACGCCAGAAUUAAACUGUGCAGACACAAUUGUCAAGUUUAAUGUAGGACAAAGCCCUGGGACAAUAGUAUCUCCAGUAAUUUCCAUUCUUAUUGAAUUAUUUUCUUUGACCUCAUCACCAGCAUCAAAUUGUUCAGCCUAAGAGCAUGUUCUCGGAGGUCUGGCUAUUUGCAGUUUGCUUAUUUUGAUAUCCUGUAGAAAUGAUUUUGACGUCACGAAUCUUUUGUCAGGCUACUAGCUGAUUAUCGUGAGCUGACUUUAAAAGAAGGCACACAAUUUGAAAUACGAUUAUUUCAUCUUAGCAAUGUGACUUCCCACAGGCUAUGUGUGUCUGCAGAUAGUGGAGGUGGUAGGGUCCCAUCAGAAACACAUGUCAGUGAUUGAUGAAUCCAUUCAAGUGGCCUUCACUUGGGUAACGACAGCAGAAAAAAGUGCUACUAAAGCAUUUAACCCUCCACCCUCCUGCAUCCAGUUAAAAGUGGAGAGCAAGGGCCUGGCUGUUGCUGAGUGGGUAGGUAUUCAAUCAUGGAGGAAGACCCUUACGGAUGGGUAAACACACAAGUACUGAAAAUGAGAGAAGACGAGGAAUGCAGGAUGAAAUGCCAAAGAUCAUUUUAUUUCUUUGUCUAUUCUCCUUAGAAAUGGAGCCUCCCCACUAUCCAUUCAAAGGAAAUUAGAUAAAAAUAAAGGUAUCCUUGGAUAUGAUAGCCUUACUUGUGCCAUGUUUCCCAAAACCAAUUGUAUGUUUUUCGAUAUCUCUUAUUCUCCCAGCCAUCUGCAGGACAUGGGCAUUCAUUAGUACGACCAGUUGGUGCUCAAUGUCAAAUCAAAACAAUUUAGUUGAUAAUGGGAAGUCAAAUAUGAUUUUACAUUUUAAGGAUUUGGGAGGGUUAAUUUGUUAGCUAAAAAUUUCAAACGAAAGAGGUGACUGAACUGGCCAUAAAUCACCCCAAUGGAUAUUAUUACUAAUUGCAAGCAUUUAUUACAUUUCUUUCUCAAUGAGUCUAGUGUUUUCAUUUUUUUCUACUAGUAGACAAUAAUAACAUAAGUAGUUUUUGUAUCCCACCCUUGAAAUAAAAUUGAAAUAGAAUUAAAAAUAUUUCUCAACCAAUUGCACCACAGUAUUAAUAAAACUAAUUCAUUCUGUGUAGACAUUUCAAAUAACAAAAUAAUAACACUGAAAUGAUUCUCCCAAUGCAGUGACUGAAACACUUUCCUUAUAUACCAUGACAUAUGGAAGAAAGAUGGCGAAUUAAAGUGAAUUAGAAAAUCCAUUUUAUUACUUGGGUUUAUAAGAUAGUUGUGUAAUCCAGGUAUUUAAAAUGCUAUUGGAGUCAAUUAUUUCCAACUUUUGCAACAGUAAUAACAAUUCUGGCUUUUCAAUUGGCAAUAUUUAGAAUCCUACUGUAGUGACCUGAUUUUAAAUACCAUAUUAUAAUUACUAAGUUAAGAGCUCGUUUUUACUUGUUCCAUAAUUUCAUUACAUGAAUGUAUGCUGAUGGUUCAACAAUGAAAACUUAUACUUUGAAUUUGUUUAUGUGUAUGCAAUAUACAUACAAGAGCCAAAUUCAACAAAUGACAUGAAUGUUACCACAUGAGCACUGCAUUGUAUCGUCCUGUGUCAGUCAUUUCUUCUGUUCAAUAAAUACUGAAGGACACAGAUA